AAGGGCCGCUGGGUAAACUGACAUUACCGAACAAAGCGAAAUGAAUCUGGGGUUCCCGCUUUCUUAAUGGUGGAUUAAAUUGAAUAGUUUUUAUAAACCAUAACUAUUUGUAUUUCUUCACCUAAUGCGCCUGAUGAAAAUGGUACUUACAACCUAAUUUUCAUUUGAAAAUAAAAGUGAAAUUCCUUAUAAUGAAACUACAUGUCCCAUGAUGCAACUCGACGGAAGUGUCCUAUCUCAAAUUUAAACGGCUAGGUUCUCCAGGAACCAAAUUUUAAGGCCGUCAGACGCUUUUUGACUCACAUGUCCGAUUCAGUGAGGCAUUAUUGGUUUUAUACGACAAGUUGUAGUCACAGAGUCGUUCAUAGUGUUUUUUGGGGUCGGAAUGUUAAGUUUUUGAUUGACCUCUGUCUGUUUUUAGUUAGCAUUACCAUGUAAACUAUGGUAAGCUAUUGCUAGCAGAGCUCAGGAUGCUAAUGCCGAGUCAAUAUUUUUAUUAUGGUGUUUUCUGGACGCACUCAAACAUGAAUUAACGUUUCUCGACCGAGAUACUAUUGUAUCUUUAUUCAUUUAGGAAUACGUCGUUUAGUUUAGUUUAGUUUUUCUUUUUUUUUUUGAAAAAGGAGCUAACGCUAAAGCAGAGCAAAACCGGGUAAGCAGACCACCAUAAUGACUCUCGCUCCGAAGGAACUGUCCAACCUGCUGAGCAUCAUCUCGGAGGAGGCUUGCUCCAACACCUUCGAGAACCUCUCAACUCACUUCCACCAUUACUUCGGGAAGGCAGAGCACUUCAGGGUAGGCUCGGUGUUGGUCAUGCUACUCCAGCAGCCCGACCUGCUACCAAGCUCCCCGCAGCGGCUCACCGCCCUCUACCUGCUCUGGGAGAUGUACAGGACCGAGCCGCUGGCUGCCAACCCGUUCGCGGCUGUGUUCGCCCACCUGCUGAACCCCGCGCCGGGAGAGGAGCAGCAGGAGAAGGUGCUGUCAGGUUUCCUGCCGCCCAUCACCCAGCCGGAGAAGUUCUUCCUGUCCCAGCUGAUGCUGGCGCCGCCCAGAGAUCUGUUCAAGAAGACGCCCAGACAGGUGUCCUGCAUGGACAUCACCAACAUGCCCCAGUCCAUUGACAUCAGUGGGCUGCAGCUGGCUUUAGCAGAGCGUCAGUCAGAGCUCCCCACUCAGAGCAAAGCCAGCUUCCCCAGCAUCCUGAACGACCCGGACCCAGACUCCUCCAACUCAGGAUUCGACAGCUCCGUAGCCAAUCAGAUCAUAGAGUCUCUGGUCACGGGGCCACGCCCUCCGCUGGAGAGUCACUUCAGGCCGGAGUUCAUCCGGCCCCCACCCCCUCUCCACGUGUGUGAGGACGAGCUAGCGUGGCUGAACCCGACCGAGCCGGACCACAGCAUCCAGUGGGACCGCUCCAUGUGUGUGAAGAACAGCACAGGCCUGGAGAUCAAACGCAUCAUGUCUAAGGCCUUUAAGAGCCCACUGUCCGCCCAGCAGCAGUCCCAGCUGCUGGCCGAGCUGGAGAAGGACCCCAAGCUGGUGUACCACAUCGGCCUGUCGCCGGCCAAGCUGCCCGACCUGGUGGAGAACAACCCGCUGGUGGCCAUCGAGAUGCUGCUGAAGCUGAUGCAGAGCAGCCAGAUCACUGAGUACUUCUCAGUGCUGGUCAACAUGGACAUGUCGCUGCACUCCAUGGAGGUGGUCAACAGACUGACCACAGCCGUGGACCUGCCUCCAGAGUUUAUCCACCUCUACAUCUCCAACUGCAUCUCCACAUGUGAGCAAAUCAAGGACAAGUACAUGCAGAAUCGGCUGGUCCGAUUGGUCUGCGUCUUCCUCCAGUCGCUGAUCCGAAACAAGAUCAUCAACGUCCAGGACCUGUUCAUCGAGGUCCAGGCCUUCUGCAUCGAGUUCAGCCGCAUCCGUGAGGCCGCCGGCCUCUUCCGCCUCCUGAAGACCCUGGACACCGGGGAGAACCCCCCCGAAGCCAAACUGGCCAAAUGAAGAGCCGCACAGAGACGCAGCGCCACCUUGAGAUGCUGGGAGAAAAGCAGCUUCCUGUUUAACAGCCACAGUGAAAUCAGCAGCUCCUCACUGUGCUCAGAGUAAAUAGUGUAAAUAUAUAUAUUUUUUAAUCCGACGUGAAGUCUUUUGACUCGCAUCUCACCAUCUCUCCCUGUGUUUUCUCUCUUCCUACAAAAGUAAAAAAAGGGAAAAAAAAUCA